AGGGACCAUCCUAGGGUCUCUGCUUUCACUCAGGAGAGCUGUUGUGCUCUCAGAAUGGUGUCAAAAAAAGGGUGCUCAAGCACUGCACAGAUGGAGACAAAAGCUCAGCGAACGCCGAAAAGGCUUCAGCGAAGGCGGAUCACGACUUUCUGACCUGUUUUUCCCUAUUCCCAUGGGGAUGAGGUGUGAUGAAACCGCCAGCCUGCCUGGGCCCGACCUGCUUGCUCGCUCAGGCGAACAUGUUAUGGAUGUCUUCCUAUUUAAAAAGAAAUUAAGUUGUUUUAAUGCAAAAAUAACCACAAGGGCAGUAGAUAAACCUAUGCUUUCUGAAGGCAUUUACAAGAACUAGUAAAUGUACUUAAGGGAACUGGUUAAAAUUAAGUAAAGAAUAGUGGGAAAUUCUCAUUAGUUAGGGCUGAACUGUUAGUCUUUUGGAAAGAAAGAUUUUUUGCCUCAGGCUGUCUGAAAAAUGUGAGUUCAAAUGCAAAGCAAAUGUGAAAUGUGUGGGCUUUCUACAUUUUAGCCUAUUGCAAGACUCAAAUCUGAUUCACUGUAGCUAGGGCUCCAGUGUAAUGCUUCUGCAGUCUGUAAAAUUUGACCUGCAGCUUGAUGUAUUGGCCACAAUUCUGUAAUAAUUUCACACCACUGAAAGAACAGAAAGUUCUUCUCAUGUUACACCCUUAUAUGAAUUGUGAAGGUAUGACAAAGUAGAAAUCAUCCAGGAAUGCUGUAGCCUGAAGUGUCCAAAAUAAACCAUUGCUGUUUUGCAGAUGGGAAACCUUACUAGGUGAGGUAUAUUUUGGAUAGAAGUGAGGAGUGUGCCUGCACAGUGUGCACAUGAGCUGCCUUGAAAGCUCUGACUGAGUACCAUGAAGAUAGCAUUUAAUACUUGACUACAGCAAGGUACUAACUCGUACAGCUAAGAGCGCUGAAGUUUGGCACUAAGAUUACUAUGGAAUUCAAAUACCCAGUUACUGCCUGGAAAUAAGAUUGGUUUUGACUUUAUUGCAGUGAUGCUGCAAGCUCCAACAGCUGUCUGCCCAAAAUGAUACCGCUGAUUUGGGGCUUAUAUUUUAAUACCUGAAAGUAGCCUUAUACAAGCUGCAAAACUAGGAUUGGACAGGAAUAUCUAACUGUGUGCUGAGCAUUCUGUCUGGUGGAAGUCAUGUCAUCCAUAUUGCCAUUCACUCCACCGGUUGUGAAGAGACUUCUUGGGUGGAAAAAGACCGCUGGUGUCUCUGGAGGGGCUGGUGGUGGUGAGCAGAAUGGACAGGAGGAGAAGUGGUGUGAAAAAGCAGUGAAAAGCUUGGUCAAGAAGCUAAAGAAAACAGGACAGCUGGAUGAGCUUGAGAAGGCCAUUACCACUCAGAACUGCAAUACAAAGUGUGUGACAAUACCAAGCACUUGCUCUGAAAUUUGGGGACUGAGUACACCAAACACGAUAGAUCAGUGGGAAACAUCAGGCCUUUACAGCUUCUCUGAACAAACCAGAUCUCUUGAUGGCCGACUACAGGUAUCGCAUCGUAAAGGACUACCACAUGUCAUCUACUGUCGUCUGUGGCGCUGGCCAGAUCUUCACAGCCACCAUGAACUUAAAGCAAUCGAAAACUGUGAAUAUGCUUUUAAUCUUAAGAAGGAUGAAGUAUGUGUAAACCCAUACCACUACCAGAGAGUGGAGACACCAGUCUUGCCUCCUGUACUAGUGCCACGGCACACUGAGAUUCUAACAGAACUUCCUCCUCUUGAUGACUACACCCAUUCCAUUCCUGAAAACACUAACUUCCCAGCUGGAAUUGAACCACAGAGCAAUUACAUACCAGAAACACCACCUCCAGGAUAUAUCAGUGAAGAUGGAGAAACAAGUGACCAGCAGUUGAACCAAAGCAUGGAUACAGGAUCUCCAGCAGAGCUGUCUCCCAGUACUCUCUCCCCAGUUAAUCACAGCCUGGACUUGCAGCCAGUCACUUAUUCGGAACCCGCAUUUUGGUGUUCAAUAGCAUAUUAUGAGUUGAAUCAAAGAGUGGGAGAAACCUUCCAUGCAUCACAGCCUUCCCUGACUGUAGAUGGCUUCACAGAUCCAUCCAAUUCAGAACGGUUUUGUCUAGGUCUGCUUUCCAAUGUCAACAGAAAUGCAACAGUGGAAAUGACAAGGCGACACAUAGGAAGGGGAGUGCGUCUCUAUUACAUCGGUGGAGAAGUUUUUGCCGAGUGUCUUAGUGAUAGCGCAAUUUUUGUUCAGAGCCCCAACUGUAAUCAAAGAUAUGGCUGGCAUCCAGCAACUGUCUGCAAAAUCCCACCAGGAUGCAACCUAAAAAUCUUUAAUAACCAAGAAUUUGCUGCUCUUCUGGCUCAGUCUGUGAAUCAGGGUUUUGAAGCAGUUUAUCAGCUUACCAGAAUGUGUACCAUAAGGAUGAGUUUUGUUAAAGGAUGGGGAGCGGAGUACAGGCGGCAAACAGUAACAAGCACUCCUUGCUGGAUUGAACUUCAUCUGAAUGGACCUCUACAAUGGUUGGACAAAGUAUUGACUCAGAUGGGCUCCCCUUCAGUACGCUGCUCCAGCAUGUCGUAGAACUCCUUCCUCCGCUACCAGUGGGCUAAAUACCAAGGCCCAUCAACAGACUUCAUAGAACAGCUCAUCUGUCAUAUUAUUUGUGUGUGGUCCCCAUGAACUGUUUACUGUACAAAAAGGUGUUUUUUUUUUUUUUACAAAAAAAAAAAACCAACAACAAAACAGCACUUGAGGUCUCAUCAAUUAAAGCACCUUGUGGAUUCUGUUUUCUAUACUCCAAUACUAGAUGAGAAUUUAACAUAUAGAAAUAUCUUUUUCAGAAAGAAGAAGGGGCAGUUCUAAAGUUUCUUGAUGAUGUUUUUAUUGGGCAUAUAAUUGAGUGUCCUAAUGGUUUAUCAUUAACAUGAAUAGCUAAGUAUAUAUACAGGUUAUGUGUCAUGAUCUCAGAUACUGCAGUAUUGUGCUCUUCUACAUUUUAAUUCCCGUAAAUAGAUGUUUGGUUUGUUUUUUUGAUUAGGGCAAAUCUCUCAUCAAAUUCCAAGACUCGACUCCUUUAUUCUUUUAUAUUUUUAUAUAAGCAGAUUUUCAAGUUGUCCUAAACAUAAAAAUAAGACUUUCGUUUAAAAAAAUAAAACCUUAACUUUUUGCUUCUGCCUUAAAGAAAAAGAGAAUCCCUCCGUUGUAAGGGAAAGAAAUGUCUGAGAUUUAUCUGAAAUCUCAAGACAAUUUAUAUAUGCUUAAUGGGGCCUAAAAGGAAUCCAUAUACUGUAAAUUUUGAGUAUCCUUCACACUAGGAGUCUACUUUUCCCUACCCAUCUGAGCUGAUGCAUCUGUUGCCAGCAAUAUUGCUGUCAGUCAUCUAUUUGGGACUUUUUUGUGCCUUGGAUCACUGAAAUCACUGUUUUUCUCAUGGAAUGAGAAUUGACCAUAGCAUUGGAUACUGGAUUAAAUACAGAAGGUUAUUGGCUUACCCCUUACACCUUCAUGCUUUCAUUAAACAGACAUCACUAAAAAUCUUGGUUUUAGCUUUUGGAGCCAAAUGUUGAAAAAUCCUUUCCCAAGGUAAACUAGAAUCUUUUGCAUAGGUUUUAAAUAGGUUUUAAAUAAACUUCUUAACAUAUUUCAGUAACAGAACUUAAAUCUCUGAUCUGAGUGGCUUUGUACAGCUUACUGACAUACCAGAUUGUACGCAUUCAUUAUGUCAUAAUGGGCCUUGUUAUUAAAAGUAGUUGCUUCUGCAAAACUACUAGGAUAGUGGUUGCUGAGUUAUGACCAGCAAAAAAAGGACUUUGAGGUUCUUCACCACAGUGCAUGUUAUUGUGAACUCUUGGACACUACAGCUGCACCAUAUCUGUAGAAUAUAUUUCAGAAUAUUUUUAAUAAGUCUGUGUUGGGGAAGGGUUGAGAAACUGUAUAGAAGGGUUAUUCUGACUUGAAAAAUAUACGUCUUACUAACAUUCUUGUGAUCUACCUGUCAUUCUUCUGUUAUCGUGGCAGUAGCAGGAUUGCAUUUGUAUUUUCUCAUUGUUACACCCAUUACACUAGCAAUAUACUUUGUAAGUACAGCUAGUGAUUACUUAGCUUGGUGAACAAAAUGUGGUCAGUGUUACAGCUUUUAAUCAGUUGACUGAAUUGAGGAUAGUCAUGGAUAUUUUUAUGCUGUAAUGACUAGGGCAUAGAAGCAAUACCAAAAAAUCAAGCCUUGAAGAAGUGGGCCAGCUGCCUUUUCAAAGUUGGCAAAGCAGUUAACAGAUUGUGCUAGUUUUGCCAGCAGAUUAAUGUAUUGGUAGAACUUGUGAACAUAAGAAAUAAGCUUCAUGUGUGUUGCGUUUGCCUAAUAUGUGAAUACACUAAUAAAAGUUUUAAUUCUCA